GGUUUAGUGGGCCAAGGGUUCUAUGAGUCGGAACACGUGUUAUCUCUUGAGAAGAGUUUAAGGGUCCUGAGGGUGCCGAGUUUUGUUAUCAACCGCUUCCAUGUGUGUUCGCACAUCCUGAUACCCACGAACGCUGUGAAGCAGAGAACCCAGAAGAAUCCCAAAUGAUGAAGCUGAGUCUCAUCAAAGUCGUUAAUGGCUGUCGUCUAGGAAAAAUACAAAACCUGGGCAAAGCAGGGGACUGCACGGUGGACAUUCCGGGCUGUCUUCUCUACACCAGGACUGGCUCUGCCCCACACCUGACACAUCAGACGCUGCGUAACAUCCACGGGGUCCCAGGCAUGGCCCAGCUCACACUCUCAUCCCUAGCAGAGCAUCAUGAAGUCUUGGCAGAAUAUAAGAAAGGAGUUGGAAGCUUUAUAGGCAUGCCAGAAUCGCUCUUCUAUUGUUCCCUGCACGAUCCAGUCACCCCCGGCCCAGCUGGUUAUGUAACAAAUAAGUCUGUGUCCGUGUGGGGUUUUGGAGGUCGAGUGGAAAUGACUGUUUCCAAGUUCAUGGCAAUUCAGGAGGCCCUGCAGCCAGAUUGGUUCCAGUGCCUCUCAGAUGGGGAAGCAUCUUGUGGAGAAACAACUUCCAUAAAAAGGGCCAGGAAGUCUGUGGACCGCUCGCUUCUGUUCCUGGACAGCUGUUUGCGACUACAGGAGGAGUCUGAGGUCCUCCAGAAAAGUGUGAUCAUUGGAGUGAUUGAGGGUGGAGAUGUGAUGGAAGAGAGGUUGAGGUCGGCACGAGAGACAGCCAAGCGACCCGUCGGGGGCUUCCUGCUGGACGGCUUUCAAGGGGAUCCAGCAGUCACAGAAACCAGACUGCACUUGCUGUCAUCAGUCACUGCAGAGCUGCCAGAGGACAAACCAAGGCUCAUCUGCGGUGUCAGCCGGCCAGACGAAGUGCUCGAGUGUAUCGAAAGGGGAGUGGACUUGUUUGAGAGUUUUUUCCCAUAUCAAGUGACAGAGCGGGGCUGUGCCCUGACUUUCACCUUUGAUUGCCAGCUGAAUCCUGAGGAGACACUAUUGCAUCAAAAUGGAGUCCAAGAAGAAAUAAAAGGCUUGGAUCAAGCAAAGAAAAUUGAAGCAACUGGUUGCAACCAAGAGAUGACGUCAUUUGAAAUUAAUCUGAAGGAGAAAAAGUACCAGGAAGACUUUGACCCGCUCGUAAGAGGGUGCUCCUGUUACUGCUGUAAGAACCACACCCGUGCGUACGUCCACCAUCUUCUGAUGACCAACGAGCUGCUGGCUGGUGUCCUGCUUAUGAUGCACAACUUCGAGCACUACUUUGGAUUUUUCUGCUCCAUCCGAGAAGCACUAAAGAAUGACACACUGGCACAGCUGAAAGAACUCAUUUGCAGACAGAUGUUUUGAGAACUGGAAAAUACAAGCCUGUCUCUGUCUCCAGAAACAGUGAAGUGGCAGAGAUCUGAGCUCUCAGCGGUUACGGUGGGACCAAAGAGCAUCUGCCCCACCCUGCCCACAGGAGUAUGGAGGAAGGCCUUCUGCAGAUUUCUUGACCCACAUUGAUCAGAACUGUGACUUUAUUUUUCUAGGUUUAUUCUACUAGUGAGAUUCCUUUAGUUGAAGACAAAGUAUUAGAUAUGAGAGAGCCUUGAAAGGAUUUGAGGUUUUAGGAACCAGUGAGAUGGGUGAGGCCCGAGUGGAGAUGGCUGCCAUAGCUGGAAGCACAGCUAUUCCCUGGAGAAGUCAUCUAGCUGAUUCCACAGGCUUUUAUUUGUUUCUCCUCAUGCUCUCAGGGGCUUUGGGCCAUACCUUUGUCUUCAGGGUUACCACAGCAGCUACCACUCAGGGUUCUCCUGCCUUAAACAUGUUCAUCCGUCCCAGGAAUACGGGGCUCAGGCCAUGCUUUUGUGAUCUGUUGACGUCAUUUGGCUACAAGUCUUUUUGUGCCUGGGUCUUCUGAAAGCCACUGUACUUGCCCAUUAGGAACCAAAUAUUGCCUAGCUGCUCUCUCUGGUUGUGCAGAUCCAGCUAACAGCUUCAGCAUCGUAAACUGUCUAACUGUAAUGACUGCUCUGUGGCCCCAAUCCUGGCCUGACAGCAGAUGGGUUUCCAUUCCACUCAGCUGUAAGCUCAGGCAAAUGCUGACUUUUCUGAGCCUGUCCCCUCGUGAGUAAACAGGGACAGGCAUGGGCAGGUGGAAGCAGACUGUUCAGAAUCUCCGUCAUACUCGCCAUCCUUAUUUACUAAGCACUGUCGGCCUCACCCCUUCCCCCAUUCUUCCUUUCGUUUUUUGUUUUUGUUUGUUUGUCUGUCUGUUUUGUUUGUAUCCAGCCAUAAGAUUGUCCUGUGGAUUUUGAAGUGGUUGGUGAAUUGGCAUCCUUCUGACCCUGAGGCUGGUUGUCCCUCCGGGGUUCUCUGUAAUUCUGUAUUUUUGUGGUGGCAUGACAGGGCUUUUUUUUUUUUUUUUAAUGUAUCUUUUCUAUAUUUAUCAAUUUUUCUAAGGAGUACACAAAACAUAUGUAUAUACAUGUAGUUUUUAUAAAAAUAAUACAAUUUAAAAGAUUCAUUUUUGUAGGUGUAAGAAAUGCAUUUCUUAUAUUUGUUUGGUUUCCAAUUUAUAGUGGCCAUUACUGAACAUUGUAUGUAGGAAUUAUGAAAUUACUGUACUUUUAUGUGUUGGAAAUCCAACGUUGUUUUUCCUUUUUGUGGUAUGACUUCUUGAUGAAUGCAAGGGAUUCAUAGAAUGCAGACACAGAGACAGAGUUUCUGUUCUCAGUGAUCUAUGUUGAAUAUAUUUUGUACUUGUUUAUAUGUUUUAUCCUUGGCCAAGACCAAACCCAUUAUUGAAGGAUUAUUAGUAAAUAUCUAAGAAUCCAUAUAAAUUUAUGAGUUUUAUUUAUGUCCAAAACACUGAAAAUUCUGUUAAACAUUGUUCAGUUCCCUGGGUCUUUUUCUUAUUAGCACAUUUGAAAAAAUUAUUUCCUUUUAUGUUGUAAAUGUAUGAAGGGCA